AUGGAUGCAGACGUGUUUCAGCAACCUCUUUCUGCUGACUCUCUGCAACAAAUUCUAGCCUUCUUGAAGAAAAACGGCUUAACGGAAUCUGAAGAAGCUUUAUCGAAAGAAGCUGCAGCUGUUCUGAAUCUUUCGAAAGACGGUGUUGAUAGUGAUGGAAGCAAUGAUGUUAUCAGACGUGAAUUUGUGGCGCUUUUGAAGCAUAUUGAUUCUUCCUUUGAUAAUUUUCGAGCAGAGCUUUCUGCGUUGUUAUUUCCUAUAUUUGCUCAUCUUUAUAUCCAACUUAUAGCUGAAGGGCAUUGUCUUCAAGGUUUGCAUCCCUUUUUCUGGUAUAUAUGUUAA